UUAUGAUGAGCUGCACCACAACAACUCAACCAUUUCUGCAUAUUUCCCUCUGAGAAAACAAAAAUGGCAUACGAAAACUACAACUGGAACCAUUAUGGGUGGCGAAGCCCCUCUGAGGAGUACCCUAGGCAUCACAAGGGUCGUGUGGCAUUCACAAACAUCUAUGAAGACACUGUAGCUGAAGCAGAAGCCAAGAACUUUGAGCAAAGUUAUGAAACUACUGGGUUUAACCAUAAUCACAGGGCUUAUAAAAGCGUGGAUCAAGAAGCUGAUGCCUUUAUUCUGUAUGAGCACAAUAGGAUGGAAAUGGCUAGGCUCAUGUCAACAAGGGAUGCCUGAACUUCUGUUGCAUAUAUAUAAUAUAUAUAUAUACCUAUUUAUAUAUAUCUAGGACCUUCAUGUGAAUUGAUGUAUGGUUAAUUUGGUGACCCUUAAAAUGGUUAAAAGAUUUUGGGGUGAUAUCAAAUUCAAUAUCCAUAUCUACAACUGAAGUACUUAUGGACCUUGUUCUUUCUUUCUGUCUUUGCUUCCUAAAUAAAUGCACCAAGGUCUUUAACUUUUC